CCGCAGACCAUUCGGCAAACUCUUCAAAGGACACUGCAGUAUUUUGAGCAUCAAGUUAUUGGUUACAGGGAUGCAGAGAAGAACUUUCACAAUAUAUCAAACAGAUGCUCCUAUACAGACUGCUCUGGCAAUGAAGAAACUGAAGAUGUCUCAGGAAUUCUCCAGUGUACGGCUAAUGUACUUGGUUUGAAGUUUGAAGAAAUGCAAGAAAAGUUUGGAGAGGAAUUCUUCAACAUCUGCUUUGAGGAGAAUGAAAGAGUUCUUCGAGCUGUAGGUGGGACCCUUCAAGACUUCUUCAAUGGCUUUGAUGCUUUGCUGGAGCACAUUAGAACUUCAUUUGGAAGACAGGCCACCCUGGAAUCCCCUUCUUUCCUAUGCAAAGAGCUCCCUGAAGGCAAUCUUAUGCUUCAUUACUUUCACCCGCAUCAGAUUGUGGGAUUUGCAAUGAUAGGAAUGAUAAAGGCAGCAGCAAAGAAGAUUUACCUCUUGGAUGUGGAAGUAGAACAGGUCACUAAUGAUAAAUUGUGUUCAGAGGGGACGAACACAGGUAAUUGCAGUUGUCUGACUUUCCUUAUCAAAGAACAUGAAAAUGCAAAUAUCACAAAAGCACUUCCACCGGGAACUUCCCAGUCUCCCUUAGACCUGAGGAUUAGCAUCAGUACCUUCUGCAGAGCUUUCCCUUUUCACUUGAUGUUUGAUCCAAACAUGCUGGUUCUCCAGCUUGGAGAAGGUCUUAGGAAGCAACUCAGAUGUGACACUCAUAAAACUCUGAAAUUCCAAGACUGCUUCGACAUAGUUUCUCCUAAAAUCAGUGCCACAUUUGAACGAGUUCUCCUGAGAUUAUCCACUCCCUUUGUCAUUCGGACCAAACUUGAGGAUUCUGGCUCUGAAAAUAAAGAUAAG